AUGGUCGAGACUGUAGCACAAAUAGAAGAAGACCAGCUCAAAUGGUCAUCGGCACCAAACUACGCAGCAGUCCUGGACCUGAAUCGCCAAUACCUUCGCGGUGAGAUGAUGACGACGCCCUAUAACCAUCGCUCGGUUCACCACGAGACGAAGCCAGAUGACAAGCUGCUCCCUCUUCACGAUUAUGGCUUCCUCGCUUUUGACUGGCAACCGGGAAAACACGUAGGGCCCGAUUGCGAGAUAGGCCAGAUGACCAUGGACGGUGAGCUGAAAUGUGAAGGGAACGGCACUUUCUCCGAGAUCCAGACGAGGGAUUGCAUCCACUUCAUGAUGCCACUAGGACUGUUCAAGCAUGACGCCCUGCAGGUGUUCUGGUUGUCGCUCAUAAGGCAUCCCGCGAUCGUCACCAGAAUCGUGACCAAGCGUCACGGGAGACUGUACCCCGGCAGCACCGAGUCUCCGCAUGUCGUAGUCAGCGGGAAUCUCAACUCCGACCCCUAUCCUAUAGCCCGCCGUCGUGCGGCCCCCACCGUGGAUCGGCUCAAUGACGCGGUCUACUUGACGUACGGUUACGCGCCUCCCGUCCCGUUCGUUACGGAAGCUUCCAAGUGGAAGUGCGAUGCUUUGUCAAAGACUCUCCCUCUGGAGUUCUGGGUUGCUGCAAAGCGAUGGGCUGGGACGCUUCGCGUUGCGGUGUUGGUCGAGGACUUGGCGGUGGCAGCAGGGCUGAAGACGGUCUACACUGAGGGUUCUGCAGGGAAUGUAGGCUCGGCGGCCUCGGAGACGCUCGCACUUGAUGAGGACAUUAUAUGCCAUGCUCAAAGAAGCGUAGACCUUCUCUUUCGAGUUGACAGAUAG